CGGACAAACUGCUAUCUUUUGGGGCGAACAGCCUUGCCUAUCGCUCCCCUUUUUGUCCAUUCCUGUUUUUUUUUUCUCUUUCUUGACAUCCGUAACUGUCUUGGAUUUGUCUGCCUGAGGACAUUGAGGCAAUCACAUCCGAUACCGUCCACCAUUGGUGAUUACAGAUUUCGGCAAAAGCAAGCCACUCUAGCCUGCCGGAAAAAACGGGGUCUACCAUCGGCUCGGAACGGCAAGUACCAGUGCCACCCCGGCGCAGCAUCAGGCAGCGGCCCCACCUAGAACAAGUGGUCAGUCAUACACCGAUAUGGCAAGACGGGAUAUGCUAUGCCCAUGUUUCCCUAUCAAACUCCUAAUGAGGCUCAACUCGACGUCCUAACACUGCUCAAUCAGGUAGCGUGAUUGUGAUGCCUUGGUGGUAGUCCACUUGUACCUUCAAGACAAUUAUCUACAUGUACCAAGUUUUAACUUUACUUCCUACUCUCUUUGUUGUACUUUAAGUCUAAUAAGACGUUUUCACGCUUGACUAUGACUACCUUUUUUUCCCCCUCUUCUUCUGUUCAUCGCUCAUCCUGUUCCUGCCCUUGUUACACACUUUUACCGAUAGAACAACACUAUCGAAAACAUCCUACCAAAAGUCUCCAAGGAACCAAUGAGGCAGACUCUCGUCUUCCCCUCAUUACUGUGCCUCAUCUGUGCGCAGUCGGUGUGGAUGUUACGCAGGGUUUACAUGAUACAGGCUAUUAGGUGUGACUCAGAAUAUGCCUUUAAAAAGCUGGGAUGGGGAAUAGCCUGCUGGUGCCUAGAGGCAAGUUGCAUGCCUCUAUGACGUGCUUUGGAGGAUACCAGGACAAAGGAUGGGUGAUAUCUUGUCUAUAAAGCUUCAAGAAAGUUCCCCUCCAUUGACAAUCUGUCCUUGGUGAUUCUUGAAUCAUCAAUCUUGGCCUUUUUCUUUCGCUCUUGUUAUCCCCUUUCCCAUACAUUCACGUUCAUCCAACCGUCAAUAUGAGGAUCGCUGCCCAAAAUGUCGACGAGGAUGAUGACUACGAGACAGGGGACAGCGGAGACGAGGAGCAGAAUGGCACGCAAAAGAAGGAGCAAAAGGGCCAAGAUGAAGCUGAUGCCGUCACUGCAGAGGAGAAGCGCAAGCGGGAGGAGCUUGAGAAGGCACCGAUGAGGGCCGAACUGAUGCAUCUCGACAAGAGGUGGACCAAGAAGGGUAAGGCUUACUUUGCAGAGCCAAAGGAGGAUGAAAAGAUACCCGACCAACAGGUCAACUGGUGGAAUCAGUUUGCUCUCACAAUCACGCGCGUCUAUGAUGCUCAAAACAAACAUGUCCGCGAGACCAGCCUCAGCGUCAACUCACCUGCCAUCAAGGACGUCCUCCGCGACGUGAUUGGUGACUUCCCUGGGAUCUCCUUCCACACAAAGGACGUUUCUCUCAAGUUUGAGCCCAAGGUUCUCUACCAUUACUACCCUGAACUCGGAAAGAGGACCGAGGAGCUCAAGAAGGCAGAGGCAGAGUCGGAGAGGGCAGCGCACAUGGGUCUCCUGAUGGAGUUUAUCAGCGAGCACUUUGCCGACGAGAUCAAGGAGGUUGAGAAUCUGAAGCAGCGAGGACUGAUAACAUAUCGUCUUCUUUGGACCAUCUUCAGGCCCGGCAUCAUGCUGUACUCGACAGUUCUUGGCCAGAGCCGGGCCUUUAAGCUUCUGUCGUACGACUACGUCAGCACCAGGUGUGGACCGGCGCUGCAGCUGACUGGCCAGUACGUCGACUUUGACGGCGACGACUUUGGUCUCCGGGUCUCGCACCUGCAGAUCCCCGAGUACGGCGGCGCCAUGCCCAUCGACUCGCUGCCCGUCUUUCCAAUGUCGUUGCAUCCGAGCCCCGAGGCGGUGAAGAAGCUACUGCUAGAGCGCGGGCGCAAGUUUGAGGCGCACGCCGGGCAGCAUUUUGUGGAAUACCGCGGCAUCGCGCUCGACGAGGAGCGCAACCGCUUCAACAUUGACAGCCGCACCAUGAUCGACUGCUUCACGCACCACCGCAUCAACGGCAACACGUCGUUCAGCGUGACGCCGUUCCCGACGUCGCUGGCGACGCACGACAGGAACCGCAGGCGCAAGCAGAAGCGCAGCGCGGACGAGGCGGAGCUCGUGGCGGGCGGGGACAAGAUGUACACGGCGCUGACGGACGAGCAGUGCGUGCUGGCGUCGGCUCUGGUGCGGGGCUUCUCGUUUGCGGAGAAGAGGUUCUUUGACCUCUUCAUCGAUGGCGUCCGGGCCAUCGAGUGGAACGCGGGCUGCUUCGAGCAGCUGGUGCUGCCGGACCGGCAAAAGGAGCUGGUGCAGGCGCUGGUGGCGGAGCAUACGCAGCGGGCGGGGGACUCGUUUGACGACAUCGUCAAGGGCAAGGGCAAGGGGCUGAUCCUGGUGCUGCACGGGCCUCCGGGGGUGGGCAAGACGCUGACGGCGGAGUGCGUGGCCGAGUUCUCGCGGCGGCCGCUGUACAUUGUGUCGUCGGGGGACCUGGGGACGUCGGCGUCGGCGCUGGACGAGCGCCUGGGGCGCACGCUGGACCUGGCGGGGGCGUGGAAGGCGGUGCUGCUCAUCGACGAGGCCGACGUGUUCCUGGAGCGGCGGUCGCUGCACGACAUGGAGCGCAACUCGCUGGUCAGCAUCUUUCUGCGCACGCUCGAGUACUACAGCGGUAUUCUUUUCAUGACGACCAACCGCAUCCGGACCUUUGACGACGCCUUCAAGUCGCGCAUCCACGUGCCGCUGCGCUACGGUGACCUGCCGGCGUCGAGCCGCGUGCGCAUCUGGCGCAACUUUUUGCAAGGGGUCGACGGCGGCGUCGACAUUGACGACCGGGGGUACGACCAGCUCGCCGAGGGCGACCUCAACGGCCGGCAGAUCAAAAACGUCGUCAGGACAGCAAAGAGCCUCGCGGCCUACAAGAGGCGCAAGCUGGACUUUGAGCAGCUGCGGCAGGUCAUGGAGAUCCAGAUGGCUUUCGAGGAUGACUUGGCGUUGAAUGGGGAGGAUGCCGAAAUGGCUGAUCAAUGAGUUUUCGGGGGGCGUUGUAGUCGUUUUCUUGUGACGUUUGGAAUAUGGCAGGCGUUGUGUUUUUUUUCUUCUUUUUUUCCAGUGGCGGUCAUGGUGUUAUCUCGCUCUUUCGAUGGGGAAACAUGAUGCCCAAUCAAGUAUAGAAGUAAUUUGGUCUGAUUACAUCAACAAUUCUGGGCAUGGGAAUACUGUAAUGUAAUUACUGUCAGCUGUUUCGGUGGUCGUUUCAGUUAAUGUUAACCUGCCUACAAUGGCACAAUCUUGACCUGGCGAGUGUGAAAUUAUUUUGCAAUCACAAACCCAAUCCAACCACAGACCGCAGCCAAGCCAGGCAGCCAGUCCAAAACAUUAUACAUACCAAGGUCGUUCUUUCCUGUGCUUUUACAUUCAUCUAUUUGCU